UCUUAAGAUUUUUUAAUUAUUUAAAUGUUUAAAUUUUUUUGUCUGUUGAAGGGUUUUAACCAACAUUUCUGUGAAAUACACUCAUUGCUUGGAAUAUACAAAAAAUUGUCUGGCUAUAAACUAUCUUUUUGAAAGACUUUCCUGGGGACCUGUUAGCAUUUUAGCUUUGAAUAAAACACCAGCUAUGAAACUUAAAUUGCUUACAGAGAUUUUGAAUGUAGAAUACAGUAUUUGUUCACAUAUUUCAGAAAUCUUACGUCAUUAAACUCACUGCUUCUUGAAGUGAUUAUUUUCAUUCACAGGGAUCUUGGGAUUAAGGUGGUGAAUUCUUUUUUUUUUAAUGGUAGCAUACUUUUAAAUAAUAAAAUUUCUCUCUUAUGCCUGAAUGUCUGGAAGAGUGUGUGUGAUUUUCUUCAUUAAUUUGUGAAAAUAGUGAAGAAAUGGCAGAAACAGGAUAAAAAUGAGCAGUUUAUAUUCCCUCAGGGCCUAGCACUUGCCAAAUGACUAUAUAUAAUCUGCACAGUGGCCUGCUUGCAUUAAAGCACAGUAUAUUCUCAUCUUGCAUUGAAAUCUUUGUUGGCUACUACUUAAAUAUUCCAAACCUGUUUUUUUUAAAUGUGUUUUUGUCUGUCUGAGUUUAAAAGUUUUUGGCUGAUGCUGCAAGUAGCACUUUGCAUUGGGUGUCGCUUGUUUACACUGCUGGAGGAAUGCAGAGCUCACCAUGUUGAUAGAGUAGCCUGGUUGUCCUUCCAUUGACACCCCUUGGCUUACUCACUGGUGUGAUACCUGGGUGUUAAGGUGUGUGCUUGUUUUGGGCGUACUGGGAGUGUUUGCUUUGUGUGUGAUACCUGGAUCCUGGGAUUGAAAAUGCUAAAUGUGUGGGCUCAGUUGAGGUCAGUGCUACAGGGAUGGUUGCACUGUAGCUAAGUAUUUACAUUACUUUAUGGAUGUGCAGCUUUCCUGCCCCAGCUCCUUCACAUGUCCUUUUCCAGUACAGUUUAUGUAUUUAUUUUAGUUCUACUGAGAGGAAAGCCCCAAAGUUGUGCUAGUAUAAGCUGCAUAUCCACUUUCCUCCAAGGUCCCUUUCUGUAUUGAUGGAGUUUUCCAGCAGAGGAAAGCCCAUGGCUAGAGCUGAAGAGCUCUAGGAUGCCUGGGUGUGCUGCCUGCUGCCUUUGCAGAGUUUUGCUGGUAUACUUCCACAUGGUUUCCAGAGAAGUUGUAUCUGUUUAACUGCAGUUGGGUUUCACACCGAGGCUCUAAUGGUCAAUGAUCGUGCCUCUUCAUGCUGCAUUAGGCUUGUGGUAAAUCUAAUGGCUGCUGCUUUUUAGGGUAGAUGUAGCAGCCAGUGUGAAAGUGUGUCAUUGCUGUCUAAGUAGUGGCUGCAGAGCAGGCAUAAGAGCUUCUUUGAUAAUGUAGUCACUGUUCAGAGAGUUGGCAGAAUUCCUUACAGCGGUUCUCCUGGAAUAAGCUGCAUCUGUACUUGAAAGGUUUUUUAUUGCCAUAUAGACAUGGGGAUUGUCUACAAAAACAAGUGUGUUUUCCUUUCUUAUGGUGGAGGAAAAGCAGUGACAAUAAUAAACUGUUCUAACAUUCAUUGUGACCUGCCACUGUUUUAAUUUGAAAGAGUGAGCAGUUUUGGGAGGGCCCUUGUUACGCCACCAUAAAUGCAUAAGCAUCGAUCUGAACUGAGGUUUUUUUUCAGGUCAUCACAUAGUUAAAUGAAUAUGUGUAUUUUUUUUCCAAGUGUUAAUUUGUUCCUGCUUUCAUAGUUGAAAAAAACCCCAACUACUCUGUCUGUAAUAUUUUGCUUUAUUUGAGAAUUGUUGAGGUUUUAGACAAAAUAAAGAUUACCAUCAUUAACGAGCACAGAGAGACUAUCAAGUUUUUUUAAAAUUAUUCAUUUAUUUUCUUGCGCUAGUUUAAAAAUGUUCUAGGGCUAAGGGAAUCCUUACCAAAAGAAUUAGAAAGCAGGCAAAAUCCCUGUAAAAACCUAGCACAGUUACCUUUUUCUCAUUGAAGGUAUUGAGAAGGUGUGGUGAAAUGGAGAGGGAAGGUCUGGAGAGGAGGAUUUAACUUCAUUGCAAGAGACUGAUUAUUUUUGUAAAGUCUGAUCUUAUGCCUUGUCUCAGGUGGAUCUUGCAGUAGUUUUACUGUGAACUUGAUCCAAGCAUAGAAUUUCAAGAUCUGGUGUUGGAGCUUGAAUUUAUUGAGAUAAGUCAACUCCAGAAGUUAUCUUGGCCCCACUGAAAUAGGUGGUGAAAUUUCCACUGGCAGUCAGCAAGGCAUUGUCUUCAAGAAGGACAGCAUGGAGGAUUUUCAGCUUGGAUUUGGGGUGUUGAUAUGGACUGCACUGCUGAAGUAGUUACACAUCUGUCAGUUAAUCCUAUUCAGUUUUCAGUAGACUUCCCAAACAUUAUAACUGAAAGGAAUAUAAAUGGCUGUUCAGCUAAUUAUUGGCAGUUGGUAGCAGAUACUAACUAGCUCAUCUGAACCAUGCUUGUUUCAAAGUUUGGUUUUUAAACUAGUAUGGACUAGAGUGGCAAUAAAAAGGUAUUAAUUGGGCAUUGGUUUAUAAAUGAACUGAGAAACGUUCAGUUCAUAAAGAAAUUAUGAGCCUGCAGAAUAUUUUUUCAAAAUCUCUAAAAACUAUAUGCUCACAAUGAGAAGUAUGAGGCUUGAGUAUUCUUGAGUAGAAACAAGGUAAAAACCAUCUGCGGGACUGACUGAACAUUUCUUGGAGUAUUAUUUUGCACAAAGAACAUUUGCUAACAGUCUGUACUAUAGCAUACAGUAGUUUGUAAACAUGCUUAAGACCAUCUCAUAUCUUCUGGGCAGGUGAAUGUUUCCUUCCUAAGGAACUGCUGAGAUUCUGCCUCCUGCACCUCUUGUGGGAUGAAACCAGGACCUUUCAAAAUGUUUUGUGAAUAUUGAAAUUCCUGAGGAAUUGUGUAUGUGGUGGAGCAGCUUGGAGGACAGAGCCUGAAACAGGCCAUAGGAUAGUGAUGAGCAUAGUCACUGCCAGAGGAAUGGUCUGAGCCCAGCCUUUAGCCUGGGAGAUCCCAUGGGAUAAGGAAGCAUCCUGACCUUCAGGCUGAGGUUACUCUAGAUUUUCUCCAUGUGGUUUAAAAAAAUCUGUUUCCUGAUAAAAGUCUUGUUAAGAUUUUGAUAUUGUCAAGAGCAGCUGUGGAUGCAGUAGAAAAAAAAUUGUAUUGAAUAAAUCAGAAAUUGUGUGCUGAACAUGUGUAUCUCAGGGAAACCGACUGUAGACAGCCACACAGGGUGUUCACUUGUGUACCUGGUGUGUUGACUGUAGCUGGAUUAGCCAUUCCUGUCAUACAUACUGUUAAUUGAACUGCACAUUUCCUUUUUUCCCCCUAACAUACUAAAAUAUAACUGUAGUUUUUGGACGUUUGGUAAGUUGCCUCAUUUGGCAAACUCAAAUCAGUAUUUUUUAAUGGUGUACUAAAGGGAAAUGUAGGAGUUGGAUAAACAGCCUGUUGUAGGUUGUCUCUGUUUUUUAUUUACCCUUCUGUGUGUGGAGCUGGAUGUGUAAGCACCUCUUAAGUGUUUGUCUGCCAGAUCUUAAAAACCAUGAAGAGGUAUAAUGUUGUGCCUAGCAAUUCCUGAGAGGAAGCACUUUUGUGUUUCUUUUCUUGUUCCUGUUUUUCUGAUUCGUGAAUUGUUUCUAUUUUUUAAAGUAAUUUUUCUUAGAAAGGUUUUUCAUAGUUCUUUUGAAUGUUUAAAAUUACAAAUUUCUUCUCAUACUUUGUUGCAUACAGAUGUCUGGAAUAUUGAUGAUUAAAUUCAGUGCUACAGCUAAUUUCAAGCAUUGCAAAUUUAUCUUAGAAGUACCAUUCAGAUUUAGAUUCUUGGAAUGAAAACUUAUUUUUGAAUAUUAAGAAGGUAGUGCUUGCAUAAUGCACUGUGUUACUAGAUUAGAAUUCCAAAUUUCUUAGUUUUUUAGCUGUAUUUUAGAGCACAGUUCCUGGUAGAUUUUGCAAUAGUGUAGUAACUUUUGAUUACUCUGGAAAAGAAAAUAUUCAUAAGGAGUAAUUCCAUAUUGUAGGAUAUAAGUACGGCAUAGUUAGUUUAUGAGUGAAUAGUAAGUCUUUGUGUUUCACAAAGUGCAUUUUAAAAUGAUUAUUUUUCCUUACUCCUGUUGUCUUGAAAUGACCAUUUUUGGAUAAUUACAACUUCCAAGUGAGGUCUUAAUUUGCAAUUAAUUUUUCAAUAUUUACCUCUUUUCCAUUGAGUACUUGUCAUUGUUCUGCAGCAUAUAAUAUUUUUACAGUAAUGGGAGGGGGAAGUGGAAAUACCUCUUAAUAUAAAUUUUUGUGUUCCAUCCAUGUAAAAAUCAAUUUCUUAAAAACACAGGGCUUGACGUGAUAAAAGCAGUUCUUAAGUUGAUUAUAAGAUAGUCUUGGUUACUUACAAGAAUCUGAAAUUCACUUUGCAAGAUACUAGAUUGCUCAAAAGUAGUAUUGACUUUAAAUUUUAGAAUAAACUAUAUGAUAAUAAGGGUUUGAGUUUACACUCUUUUCUCACACUUCUGUGUUGCAGAGAAUGCAAAUGAGGUCUGGUUGUUCCUGUCUAGGAGUUUCCUUCGCUGAAUCCAAGGCUGCCUGUUGGAUAGGAACCUGAGAGAGAACUGACAGGUUGUCAUGGAUGAUGACGAUGAUGAAUCCUGUCUCCUUGAUCUUAUUGGGGACCCACAAGCGCUGAAUUAUUUUCUACAUGGACCUAGUAGUAAAUCUAGCAAUGAAGACUUGACUAAUGCAGAAUACUCUGUAGCCAACUCAAAUUCAAUUUUCGCCAACUCCAAUAACACUGAUCCUAAGUCGUCUGUAAAAGGUGUAAGUGGUCAGCUUGGAGAGGGGCCUAGUGAUGGACUGCAGCUGUCCAGUAGCCUUCAGUUUCUUGAAGAUGAACUUGUGUCUUCUCCUUUACCUGAUCUUACUGAGGAUCAGCCUUUUGAUAUUCUUCAGAAGUCCUUGCAGGAGGCCAAUAUUACUGAACAGACUUUGGCGGAAGAGGCAUAUUUGGAUGCCAGUGUAGGUUCUAGCCAACAGUUUGCACAAGCUCAGCUUCAUCCUUCUUCAUCAGCAUCCUUUACUCAGGCUUCUAAUGUUUCUAAUUACUCAGGUCAGACGUUGCAACCUAUAGGAGUUACUCAAGUGGUACAGCAACCUGUUGGAGCAUCUUUUGCAAGCAAUACAGUUGGUGUGCAACAUGGCUUUAUGCAACACGUCGGAAUUAGUGUUCCCGGCCAGCAUUUGUCUAAUAGCAGCCAGAUUAGUGGUUCUGGGCAGAUACAGCUGAUUGGUUCAUUUAGUAAUCAACCUUCCAUGAUGACCAUCAAUAACCUCGAUGGAUCUCAGAUAAUACUGAAAGGCAAUGGUCAGCAAACACCUGCGAACAUGAGCAGUGGCCUCUUGGUUCAUAGACAAACUCCAAAUGGGAACUCGCUGUUCAGUAACUCAAAUUCAAGUCCCGUAGCACAACCUGUAACUGUUCCAUUUAACAGCACAAAUUUUCAGACUUCAUUGCCUGUCCAUAAUAUCAUCAUUCAAAGGGGUUUGGCGCCAAACUCUAACAAAGUUCCUAUUAAUAUCCAACCAAAGCCUAUUCAGAUGGGUCAGCAGACUGCUUACAAUGUGAAUAACUUGGGAAUACAGCAACAUCAUGUACAGCAAGGGAUUCCAUUUGCUUCUGCAAACUCACCUCAAAGUUCAGUAGUUGGUCCUCAUAUGUCUGUUAAUAUUGUUAAUCAACAACAAAAUACAAGAAAAUCAGUUACACCUCAGACAGCUAGCAAUGCUGGAGGUAGUAUUGUUAUCCAUUCUCCUAUGGGACAGCCUCACGCACCUCAAAACCAGUUUCUCAUACCUACAAGUUUGUCUGUUAAUUCUAAUUCAGUUCAUCAUGUCCAGGCCAUAAAUGGACAACUUCUUCAGACUCAGCCUUCCCAGCUGGUUCCUGGCCAAGUGUCUGCUGAGCACGUAAUGCUCAACAGGAACUCUACAAACAUGCUAAGAGCCAACCAGUCGUAUUCAGGACAGAUGCUGAAUAAUCAGAACACAGCUGUUCAGCUUGUUUCAGGCCAGACAUUCACAGCUCCUGGAAACCAAGUUAUAGUAAAUCAUGGAACAUCGCAAAUUGUUGGUGGACAAGUGCCACUGCAGCAGGCUUCGCCAACGGUGUUGCAUUUGUCACCCAGCCAAGCUAACGUUUCCCAAGGCAGAUCGAGUUUUACCACCAUGUCACCUGGGCAGUCCACAGCCUCAAGUAUGUCAGCUUCUAGUCGAUUUGCUGCUGCAAGUUCUUCUGGUUCAGUGCACCCCAGCCUGGGAGCAUCGGUUCAGUCUGUCGCGUCGGGAGGGAACUUCACAGGAGAUCAGCUGGGCCAGAGCAGAGCUCAAGUUGCUGUCAGUGCAUCGCAUCGUCUUCCAGCAUCCUCCUCCAAGUCUGUCAGCACCUUUAGUCACACGUCUGUGGGAGUAACACAACAACAGUUUGCCUUUGGUCAGAAAAAGGCUGUGAACCAGACAUCACCAGUUUCUGCAUCGAAGACACAGGACAAUUUGAGACAGCCUCAGCUAACAAAUCUUCUGAGCAACACACUAUCAGGACAGGACUCUGGAGGAAAAAUCAUACAACAAUCUCUAGGAACAGCACAGCCACAAGAAAAAGUGAUAGGAUCAUCAUCAGUUCAGCAGAGUAUACAGGUUGAUGGUCAUUUAGUUGGACAGAAAAGGCCUGCUGCUAAGCAGUUAACUAAAGGAGCUUUUAUUCUGCAGCAAUUACAGAAGGAUCAGGUACAUGCUGUGACACCAGAUAAAAGUCGGUUCAGAUCAUUAAAUGAUGCAGUUCAGAGACUCCUUUCUUACCAUGUGUGCCAGGGAUCACUGCCAACAGAAGAAGAUUUAAGAAAAGUGGACAGUGAAUUUGAAUCUGUAGCUACACAACUUCUGAAGAGGACACAGGCUAUGCUGAACAAAUACAGAUGUUUGCUUAUAGAAGAUGCAAUGCGGAUAAAUCCCUCUGCAGAAAUGGUUAUGAUUGAUAGGAUGUUUAACCAGGAGGAAAGAGCAUCUCUGACCCGGGAAAAGCGUCUUGCACUUGUGGAUCCUGAUGGUUAUCAGGCCGAUUUUUGUUGUUCUGCCAAACAAUUUGAGAAAACAGCUGAAGAAGCACAGUCCAGCAAAAGUGACCAUCAGUCUAGCAAAACAUUAUCUUCUCGAAGUCAGCCUACCAAAACCCAAGCCAGAGACCGACCAAAAUCCAGCUCAGCAGAGUCCACAAACCACAGUAAACUUCCUAUAGUGCCUAACAACAUUCUGACACAAGAAGGAAAAGCUUCUACUAAAAAAUCCGAGAGCCUCACUAAAGCUUUAAAGUUUGAAAAAGCUAAUUGUUCUUCUGAGAGCCAAUACGUGGCCCUUUCUGAAGAAAGGAUGAGUGGGAAAGAUCUUGCCAAGUCCACUGAGAAUUCUUCGAGUUCUGAAGACUUGUCAAAAAUAGUGUCAAGAGGCAGUCAUGGAACACACAAUAAAAUAUCAAGGAAUGCAGUUCAGUCUUUCUCAAAGGUAACGUGUAAUAAUUCACUUCAAGACAAAACUCUGAGGAGCUCUCCAAAGAAUGAGGUUUUGCAUCCUGAUAACAGGAAAAGCUCUGGUGAACCCCAGGAAGACUUACUGCUCAGUAAGAGUUUAGAAACUACAUUUAAAAACAUCUUGGAACUUAAAAAAGCUGGGAGGCAGCCACAAAAUGAGGCGGCAAGUAGUGGCUCGGUUGAAUUAGAGUUCCCUAAUUUUUCACCUAUCGCUUCACAAGAGAACUGCCUGGAAAAAUUUAUUCCAGACCACAGUGAAAGUGUUGUAGAAACUGACUCUAUUUUAGAAGCAGCUGUAAAUAGUAUCUUAGAGUGUUAAUAGUUACAGUACCAUGGACAAGUUAUGUUUCUCUUAGCAGAAGCAAAUGUGAAUGACACCACAAGUACAGCCUGACAUGCAUUUAAGGUUAACCUUUCUAAACUAGAUUCUGUUCUGUGUUUGAGAGCAAUACUCAUUGUGGUUACAGUGAGAUAUCCAAGUAAAGUUAAUCCUUGUUAGAAUGCAGUCUGUUAGGGCCUUACUGUUUCAAGUAUUAUUAUGAUAGUGCUUUUGAUUAUUGAGCAGUACUGCAACGUAACAGGGUUGCAGGUUGUUAGGCCCUAUAUAAUACGGUAAUAUACUGACAAUCACAGUCAUUUGAAAGGAUAUAUUUAUUAAGAAAAUGUUUUUAAAGAGUGAUGGAAGCAACAAUUCUCCCCUACCCUUCUCUUCCACAAAUCAUCAAAUUUUUAGUUUUUCUGGAAAACCCACUGUACCUCUAUUCAGAAGUGAUUAUUUGCUUUGUUAAUGAAUCUGUAUUCUAGGAUUCUUAAGUUGGAAGGAAAUCAUCAGUAUGUUUACAAGGCUUCAUAAUUUAAACUUUAAGUGCUUUUCUAUUGCUUUCUGAGCAGAAACUAGUACUUGAUAUAUUUGUAGUGGGUAACUUUAGUCUGUGGGAUGAUAUUAUAUGAUCUUAGUCACAGUGGCAUGAUAUGAAGUAAUAAAUGCUUGACUAAGGAAGGUAGAACGGAAGCCAGUAAAUAGCAAAGUGUACAGGAUGAGGCCAUGAUAGAGCCAUGAAUUUAUAUAUAUAAUACAUAUAUAUGUUAUCUCUUGAGGAAAAGAUUUUGCAUUUUAUAAUUGGAUGUAGUCAGCCUUGAGUCUUUCUGAAGUGGUAUAAAUGUUUUUUUUCAUUUGUUGGUUUUUUUUUUUAGACCAAGUGUCAAAAGCACUUUGAUUUGAAAACUGUAUUUGUAGCUUAUAUUUUAAGAGGAUGUUAGCCUUACUCUGAGUAAACUUAAAGGCCAGUGUUUAUUUUUGAUUUUUUUUUGCUUUUUUGCUGUCAGAGAAUGUUAAAUCAUCCACCGUAGCAGUCAUUAUUGUCAAGAUAUGUACAGACCAAAGUUGAUCAGCAAUCCCAUUGUUUAAACAUAUCAAAAAAUGUGUAAUUAUUAAUUCAUAUUGUAAAGCCAAGUGAAACCAUUGCAUGGUUUGCAUUUGGCUUGCUGUCAUGUUGUUAAGAUAGAGUCUUAUUAUUUUAUUUAUUUAUUUUAAUCUAUGACUUUUUUUUGCUACCCAUGCUGCUUUGUUCUAGUUUACUUUGGUCAUGAGUGCUUUUGUGCACAUAAGCGCGCUGACGUUGGUCACGUGUGUGUAGUACAUAUGUCUGCUCAGGAGGAUACAGCUUUUGUGGUUUCUAAGGUAUGCUCAUGUUCUCCCCGAGAACUUCUCCACCAUUUCUCAGAAACAUUACCGGCCCUUUUCCAGACUUGCUGAUUAUGAUUUUCACGAUGUAAGAGGCUCAUUGUGACAAGCUGUGGUUGUCUGUCAGAUUGCCAGAAGAGAAACUAAAAGGUUUUGCUGGUGUGUAAUUCAGUCCAUCUGAAUGGCAUGGAAGGUAGCAGAAUUAGAUCCUUGGGAUAGUAGAACAUUACAGUGCAACUCAGUACUGAGCUGCAGACCACUGUCUGACCACUAAAGGAAACCAAAUCUAGAAAGCAAUGAGAGAGAGAUGAACUUCCUUAAAAUUCAUUUCCCCUUCAACAUGAAUGGAAGUACUGGUUUUAUAUGUUACUAAUUGCCAUUUAAAAAAAAUGUGCCAAUUUUACAGUACAUGUUUGUAAAAACCCAACAUUCCCAAGUGUUGUAUGUAAUAUUAAUAAGUAUUGCCAGUUUUAAAUUUUUGGUUGGGUGUCCACAGAGUAGACUCUCAGGCAGUUAGUUGUUUUCUUAUUGGCAAAACUGACAAGAUAGUCUUCACCUAUUGCCUUUUUAGAUUUAAUAAUAUUCUCCUGGCUGUGUAUUCUGAUGCAUAUUUUAUCAUUUUGGAAAUUUAAUUAAUUUAUCAUUCUGAACUAUUUAGGAAGGGGAGCAGUAAGUUACACAGCUGUAUGUUAACUAGUUAAAUUUUUCUUUUGAGGAGAAAAAAGUGAAGUUGCACAUUCAUCAGUCCCCUUGCUUGUUGUACCACCUUGAAAUGGGUAUGGGGUUUCCAGCCUCUCUACAGCAAAUCCAUAACUGAAGUAUCAGGUUGUGUGUCUUCUAUUGGGUCUCAUUGGGAAGGGGGGACAAUGGCAUAUAAAAAAUGACAAAUUGCAAAAAGUAAUCGUGAUUGAUUUGGUCAGACACAUUUCUCUGAACUGCCGAUGAGAGGAACCCCUUGAACAAUCCUAGUAAGAUUGAUCUUAGAUUGUUAAUGUUCUGUUGUUCACUCCUUUGAAUUCAAUUCUAAAGGAAUUCUGGUACGUGGUGAAGCAGUAAAUGAAAUAAUUGUAUUUUUGUGGUGCUUAAAAAAAGUUUAUUAAUCAUAUGGGCUCAAGUCCAGCAAAGUAUUGUGAAUAUGCGUGACUUUAAACAUGUUUUCAUUAUUUUGCUGGAUCAGCAUUGUGAUUUCAAUGUUAUUUAAUACUGCCUAAUAUUAAAACAAAUUUUAAACUGGCAAUUAAGAAAACUAUGUUCAUUUUGAAGAUUUUGGUAUAAUUUAUCUGUUAGAGUAGGGAGGCCUUACAGACUGACUUCACUUAAAGAGGAUGUGUCACUUAUUGUCAGCGUGGUAUGGACUUUAUUUGCUUAAAUACCUUCAUUUGUAAAGUAUGUCUCACUUGAAAUUGCUUUGUAUACAUUUUGUAAAAAUAUUUAUAAAAUGUUUUGUAAAAAAAAAAGUAUAACAAAUUGCAGUUUAUUUUGUUAUGUUGGAUAAAUACUGUUAAAAGACACAAGUCAGUAAAUAUAUUGUUAAUCCAUGGAUAGGAAAUGUUUAGUUGGAGAUUACAAAUUGAAACAACCAUUGCAAUACAGCCAAAGAUUUGGGAAAAAA